AUGUUGGAAGAAAAUUCUUCUGGUCAACCAAGAUUACCAUUAAAGGAUGUACUGGUCGAACUUCAAGAAAAAAUUGUGAAUUUAAAUGGUAAUCCAAAUCUUAAUCUUUAUAGAAUUGUAUCGAAUAAUCCAAUUCGACUUUCAUCUUGGAUUGAUUUUGCUUAUUCAAUUCGACGCGAUUGUACAACAUCUCGACAACUUUGA